AUGCCCUCUCCUGCCGGGCGCCUCGCCUCGCAGUCAAUCCACAUCGUCGCAAACCCUAACCCCAUUUCCCUCGCCGAAAGCAAACUCAUCCUCAGCGCUCUACAAAAGUUCGGCGAAGUCGUCACAUUCCGAAACCUAAAGUACGACACGACCAACACCUCGAAAGCACCCACACGCCCCAUCCUCGCCAUCUUCGACUCCCCCGACGCCGCAAAACAAGCCCUCUCCUCCUCCCCGCUAACCAUCCGCCUCCCCAACACCGACCCUGCCCAUACCCAUAACCACGACGCUCAGUUCGAGUCACCGCCACCAUCAAGAGCCCAAAAAGCAUAUGCAAGAGCCAAACCAGAGUUCCUGAGAUGCGAGAUCCUCCCGUCCCGGCAUAACCACGAGUCUGCGCUCCAGCGAAACCCCUUCCACGGGACCUUCCGCGUCUACGACUCGACGUACCAGUACCGGGACCUCAUGAAGACGGGGAUCCCGCUGAAGGAACUGGCGGACGAGACGAUGAGUCGGAAGCGGCAUGAGCCGUUCCGCGUGAAGAGGCAGAUGAUGAAGGAGAAUAAGCGGUUGGGCGCCACGUCGUUGAUGAGGUUGUAUCGGGAGGGUCUUGGGGAGAGUAUCCUAGAGGACGGGAAGGAGGGGCACGUGCAGGAGGAAGCUGGGAGGGAAGAUCGAGAGGAGGCCGGAGUGGAUAGGUUGGGGGAGAGAUGA